AUGCGAUUAACAAGGCAAACACCGAAAAAUAAAACACUGGAUAAAUCAAUACUCACAAAUUCCAUAGCCAAAUGGACCAGUUAUCUGCGGUUCGGUGAGGCUGUUCAACGAGCUCGAGCUACUAUGCUCUAUCAUACCAACUCAAUCGCCUACCUGCCCAAUCCGAAUUCGAUGAAUGAGACUCAAUGGCGAUGGUCCGGAUUGCACCCAAGGCCAAUUCAACCCCGAGAGAUGCACGCCAUGCCCUAUGAGCGAUGGAUUCGACCAAUCACUCCCGGGUUUGAUCUCACGCCAUUUCCGACCACAGCAUUUGCUGCCGCAGCUCGCCUAGCUGCAGCGACAGCUUUUACAAACGCAUCCCGCAUCCCCGGUGUUUCCGGAUCAAAUCGUGAUGGGGUACCCAUCGUGGGAUCGCACUAUUUCUGUUCAACUCCACGCCCUGCACCGGAAACAACUAACACCUCCGGUCCAUAUCGCACUCAAGCGCCGAAUUCUUUCCAGAGACCGUUAAGUGCAUACCAUCCACACAAUCAAUCACCAUCCAUUCAGACCUUCAACCACACGGGGAGGAGUGAUGAGAAAUUAGCGGAAGAACCAGGUUGUUAUCAGCGGUGGCCUUCGUGGACUGCGGCGAAUGUGGCCGGUUCACAUACUGUUCACACGCACCGGUCAAUGGUACCGGAGGUCGGCUGGAAUCCCCAUGAUACCGCCAAUCUCGAUUACCGAAAUAAUAAUAUACAAACGAAGUCGGAACACCGUGAAACUCCUCCUCUCGUUCUCAAUUCGCAUGAUCCGAAUCCGUCAAUCAGUGGGGCAUCACUACGACCGGACUCAUCCUGUGCCCCGAUCGGUUCAGAUGCACCACAAAUCAGGAGGGAUUGUUUUCAGCUGUCCAGACAAUGGUUAAUCGAUACGUGUGAGCCCGGCUACGUUGUAUCAUCCAGCGAUGCACGCAAAACGCGUUGCACAAUCUGGGCAUCCAGGCUGUUGGCCCAGACCACAGCCAUAAUCCACCGAGUACGUUUAGAUCGGAAUACAUUCUGUCCGAGUCAGAGACAGUCCACAGACGAAGAAGAUGAUGACGAAUCGGAGAAUGAAUUGCUCGAUGAAGACGUGUGGCUUAAUCGCAUGCGUAAUCCGACGGGGAUAGCGGGAGUUGAAAAUCGUCCAAUAACUGGUUCCGGUGUCAACAGUAUCCAACAACAGCCAGACACGACACAACUCACAUCGGUGAACUUGACCGAGUCGGAACGUAAUGACAUUCUGACUCAAACGAUGCCAAAACUCAUCGGACUAGUCACAAUUCAAGUGAUGACGACAGAUGCCCACAGUUUCACACCCACCCACCCAGCCGUGCAACACGCACGCGUGGCCGCGUUGGAUCACUUGAUUAUGGGAACAAGAUCGACAGAACACAUAGUGAAUAGUGUCCUCCAAGAAUGGAACCAACUGUGGCACGGGAGGAAUACGAUUGCCAGUGCUAAUCAGGAUCGUGAUGGUCCAUGGGGUUCGAACGUUCAUCAAUCUAUGAUGCUCAAUAUCAAACCAGAAAGUGGUUCAACUGGGACAGCUUCCAACAACUGGCUAAGAAAUCCGGGUAAUAGGAUUCUCCACAAACUAGUUUCUAUCUUGAGAACAUUGACGCCGGAUCCGUUCGAAUGGAACUGCCUAAAGGCACUAAUCCUGUUCGAUGAACGUAUGCGCAUCUGGUUACUCUUAUACUUGAACUCCCGAUGUGAGCUAUGCAGUGCAAAUCUCAUUUGCGGCUCGGGGAGUGGAUUUGAGACGAACAAGUCUCGAGGAAUCAUUGCGAUGAAUCUCUAUCAGGUGUUGUGA